GGCGGGGGAGCGGGUGGGGGCGCGGAAGGGACGGGACCGGACCGGGCGGUGCGGGAGCGCCCAGCCCCAACCCGGCCCGGCCGUCGGCCCGGCAUGCGCCGCAGCGCCCGGGAACAAACAUGGCCCGGCGGAGCCCGCCGCGCAACGGCGUCGGCGGCCACGACUUUGACUCUAAGAAGAAAAGAAAAGUGGCAGAAAUUUACCAGGCCCUGAACAGCGACCCUAUUGAUGUGGCAGCACUCAGGCGAAUGGCCAUCAGUGAAGGAGGGCUGCUGACUGAUGAGAUCCGCUGCAAAGUGUGGCCAAAGCUGCUGAGUGUCAACACAGAUGACCUGCCCCCCCUGCCAGCAGGAAAGGAGCUGCGGGAGGACAAUAAGGAUUACCAGCAGGUGUUACUGGAUGUACGGCGCUCCCUGCGGCGCUUCCCACCAGGGAUGCCGGAUGACCAGAGAGAGGGGCUGCAGGAAGAGCUCAUUGAUAUUAUCCUCCACGUCCUGAAGCGCAACCCACAGCUGCACUACUACCAGGGCUACCACGACAUCGUGGUCACUUUCCUCCUGGUGGUUGGGGACAGGCUGGCCACAGCUCUGGUGGAGAAGCUCUCGACGCAUCAUCUCAGGGAUUUUAUGGACCCAACAAUGGAUAAUACCAAGCACAUUUUGAAUUACCUGAUGCCCAUCAUAGACCAGGUGAACCCUGAGGUGCAUGACUUCAUGCAGAGUGCGGAAGUGGGAACCAUCUUUGCUCUCAGCUGGCUCAUCACGUGGUUUGGGCACGUUCUGUCUGACUUCAGGCACGUCGUGCGAUUAUACGACUUCUUCCUGGCUUGCCAUCCACUGAUGCCCAUUUAUUUUGCUGCUGUGAUUGUGCUUUACCGGGAGCAGGAAGUUCUGGACUGCGAGUGCGACAUGGCCUCAGUGCACCACCUCCUGUCCCAGAUCCCACAGGACCUUCCUUAUGAGACUCUGAUCAGCAGAGCAGGGGACCUUUUUGUUCAGUUUCCUCCAUCUGAGCUUGCCAGGGAGGCAGCACAGCAGCAGGCUGAGCGGACCGCGGCUUCCACUUUUAAGGACUUUGAGUUGGCAUCAGUGCAGCAAAGACCAGACACUGUGUUGAGACAGCGCUUCAGGGAGAGGCUCCGAGGGGAGGAGCGGACAAAAUCCAUUUUGACAAAGCCAAGGACCAACCGUUUUGUCAAGCUGGCAGUGAUGGGGCUGACGGUGGCACUGGGAGCAGCUGCCCUGGCUGUGGUGAAGAGUGCACUGGAGUGGGCACCCAAGUUUGAACUGCAGAUUUUCCCCUGAAGCCAAAGGAAGUGCUUUCCUUGUUGUCACAUCCCACGUCGACACGGAAUGAUGUUUGGAAGGACGUGUCUGGAAACAACCUGUCUGAAGAGUUUUCUAUUCUUGCUGCGUCCCGUGAUGCUCUUGGCCUUUGUGACAGAGACUGAUGGGAACCAGUCCAGCAGGAUUGUUCCCCACACCAACACUCACCUUGUUUUCUCCUCCCCGUGCAGGGGCAAGCAGAUGGACACUGCCACUGUACGGAUGAGUCUGACUCUUCAGCCUUGUGCAAGUGACCACAAGUGGUGAGCUGUGCACGGGCUGUGCCGAGGCAAUCCCACAUCCUCUAUUGGGGAUAAUCAGUGGGAGCGAGGGCGUGUGCUCACCUAGGGGAGAGUUUCAGGGCAGGGUUUGGCCUGCUUAGUGGUGAGGGGCUUGUACAUGCUCCUGUGGAAUAGAGGAGCCCUCUGGCUCUGUAUCACUGGCUGCCAGGGCAGCCUGCCUUCUCCAUUUGCAUUCACCAGUGCUCUGACCUUUCUCUUUCCUUACAGGCAGCCUCUCAGUAGAACCAAACCUGUACCAAGCCCCUGUCAGCACCCUGCCAUGAGGUCAUCUCCAAUGCAUAACAAUUUGUGAUUCCACUUUCUUGUUUGUGGACUGGUCAGCUUGCAGGGGACAGGUCCAGCGGGGUCCUCUUCUGGCAACAGCAGCACAGUCGUGUAUCAGGUCAGUGAGGUGAUUCAGGCCUUGUUCAUCCUGCCUGUGCCAGAUCCCAUCACAAGCAUUAGCAGAGCUGUUAACACUGCUGAUUUUCACAGCUCGGGGAGCAGACUCCAAAGUGGAGAAUGGCUUUUUUUUUACAGUUGGAAACAGUUUGCACAGGACAAAAAUCUGCUGCAGACAUCUGUCAUAAUUCUCCCCUACGAGCUGAUCAGAUUCAGUGACUCCCCUCAGAAUAACACAGAUGAGGGAUUUCUCAGAAAGGCCACCCCAGUGCUGCGUACCCCACCUGGCCCAGCCUUGCUGCUCCCUGCCUGCCAAGAAAGCUCUGCAGCAAAUUCUGCUCAAGAGCUCUGUAUCCCACUGACACAAAGCCAAUAGACACUCUAUGCCUCUACCUCCCCCCUGAACUGCUAAACCUCCCACAAGUGCCCUUACCUGCCCUGACUGGUUCCCACCCAGCUGCCUGCCCCUGCUGUCUUGUGCCCAAAGCCAUCCGUGCUGUGCCCAGGGGCUGCACACCUGAAAAGUAGAUGUUGGUUGAAGAGUUGUAGAUUUCUGGUUGUAGAAGGAAGCUCAUGCCCUGCAAGGCUCAGCACCCUCCUAUCCCUGACCACCUGUGUGCAAAUUCAUCACCACAUCCAUGCAAGUUUUGGAUUGCCCCAUGGGCCCUCGCUCUGUGACGCAGGUAGGGAAGCAGGACCUGGGCCCUCACCUGUGUUGGCAUCUCCUGGUCGUGCCACUUACUGGUGCCAGCACCAGGGCUCUCUCUGCCUCUCCUGAGGGCUGGUGGCUGUUUCCAUGGCAGAAGGCAGAGUGCUUUCCUGCACGUGUGUGGACUGGCACUAUGGGGCAGCAGCAGCCUCUGUCAAGGCAGUAACAGUGAGGGAAGCAGGCUGUGACUUUGCACUUUAGAAAUUUGUGGUACCAGAGUUUGUGGUGGCUGUGCCACGAGCUGGAGGUGCUGCUGGGGGUCCCGUGCCACUCCUGGGCAGUGCAGUGCUUGGAUGCCCUCUGCCCUCAGGUGAGGGGUGUGUGGGGCACAGAGCCCUCCUGCAGCCCCCUGCUCUCUGCCCACCGUGCACUUUAGUUCCUGCGUUGCCCAGGGGAAGGGUGAGUGAGGAGGUGGUCUCUUUGGGUGCUCCAGUGACUCUGUACAGACUUGUACAUACCUGUGUAAAUGCAGAUUUGUACAAACCCUAUUGCUGUAAAAUAAACAGUUACUAAA